GCAUGCGUGCAGGCGCUAGCGACGACGGCGGCGGGGGAGUCUCGGGGAUGACAGUGGCUUUGCCCGUUGGGGUAACGGUCGUCGUCGCCGGCAGGGCCUGAGGCGCCGCACACUCCGCGGGAUUUAUUAAGGCCGCAGCAGCCCGGGCCCUACCGAGUUAGAGUGGCGCGUGGAGUCAGGUCUCAGGGACGGAGGAGGGGCGCCAAGGCCCUAUGUGUGGGAGGAUUGCUUCAGCUCCACAAACUUGCACGGAUUUUGGUUACUACUUUGGCCAGUGGUUCUUCUCUGAUUUCCUCCGAUUUGUUGCAAAUUCGCCAUUGUUCCCUGGCUGCUUACAAAGUUGGAUCCGGAAUUUCUUUUCAACCGGGAGCCAACGGUGUCGAAGUGUCUGCAAUGAACCCCGUGAAUGCUACUGCUCUCUACAUUUCCGCGAGCCGCCUAGUGCUCAACUACGACCCCGGAGACCCCAAGGCGUUUACAGAGAUUAACAGGCUCUUGCCUUACUUCCGACAGUCCCUCUCUUGCUGUGUUUGCGGACAUUUGCUACAAGAUCCUAUUGCACCCACCAACUCCACCUGCCAGCAUUAUGUCUGCAAACCUUGCAAAGGCAAGAAAAUGAUGAUGAAACCUUCAUGUAGCUGGUGCAAAGACUAUGAGCAAUUUGAGGAAAACAAGCAGUUAAGCAUCCUAGUGAACUGCUACAAAAAACUAUGUGAAUAUAUCACACAGACUACAUUGGCACGGGAUAUAAUAGAAGCAGUCGACUGUUCUUCUGAUAUUUUGGCUUUGCUUAAUGAUGGAUCAUUGUUUUGUGAGGAGACGGAAAAACCCUCAGAUUCAUCCUUUACUUUGUGUUUAACACAUUCCCCUUUACCUUCAACCUCAGAACCCACAACUGAUCCUCAAGCUAGUUUAUCUCCAAUAUCUGAAAGCACCCUCAGCAUUGCUAUUGGCAGUUCUGUUAUCAAUGGUUUGCCUACUUAUAAUGGGCUUUCAAUAGAUAGAUUUGGUAUAAAUAUUCCUUCACCUGAACAUUCAAACACAAUUGAUGUAUGUAACACUGUUGACAUAAAGACUGAGGAUCUGUCUGACAGCUUGCCACCUGUCUGUGACACAGUAGCCACUGACUUAUGCUCCACAGGCAUUGAUAUCUGCAGUUUCAGUGAAGAUAUAAAACCUGGUGACUCUCUGUUACUGAGUGUUGAGGAAGUGCUCCGCAGCUUAGAAACUGUUUCAAAUACAGAGGUUUGUUGCCCUAAUUUGCAGCCCAACUUGGAAGCCACUGUAUCCAAUGGACCUUUUCUGCAGCUUUCUUCCCAGUCUCUUAGCCAUAAUGUUUUUAUGUCCACCAGUCCUGCACUUCAUGGGUUAUCAUGUACAGCAGCAACUCCGAAAGUAGCAAAAUUGAAUAGAAAACGAUCCAGAUCAGAAAGUGACAGUGAGAAAGUUCAGCCACUUCCAAUUUCUACCAUUAUCCGAGGCCCAACGUUGGGGGCAUCUGCCCCUGUGACAGUGAAACGGGAGAGCAAAAUUUCUCUUCAACCUAUAGCAACUGUUCCCAAUGGAGGCACAACACCCAAAAUCAGCAAAACUGUACUUUUAUCUACUAAAAGCAUGAAAAAGAGUCAUGAACAUGGAUCCAAGAAAUCUCACUCUAAAACCAAGCCAGGUAUUCUUAAAAAAGACAAAACCGUAAAGGAAAAGAUUCCUAGUCACCAUUUUAUGCCAGGAAGUCCUACCAAGACUGUGUAUAAAAAACCCCAGGAAAAGAAAGGUUGUAAAUGUGGGCGUGCUACUCAAAAUCCAAGUGUUCUUACAUGCCGCGGCCAACGCUGCCCUUGCUACUCUAACCGCAAAGCCUGCUUAGAUUGUAUAUGUCGUGGCUGCCAAAACUCCUAUAUGGCCAAUGGGGAGAAGAAGCUGGAGGCAUUUGCUGUGCCGGAAAAGGCCUUGGAGCAGACCAGGCUCACUUUGGGCAUUAAUGUGACUAGCAUUGCUGUGCGCAAUGCUAGUACCAGCACCAGUGUAAUUAAUGUCACAGGGUCCCCAGUAACAACGUUUUUAGCUGCCAGUACACAUGAUGAUAAAAGUUUGGAUGAAGCUAUAGACAUGAGAUUCGACUGUUAAAUCAGUGGGUCUUUAAACCUACCUCUGGUAGGGAAAUAGCUACAGUUUUACGGCAGCUAUGGUUCUGUUGGUUUAACUUGCCGGAGCUCCUGCAUAUAGAUCACUUGUAUCAAGUGUUUUCAUUGCUAAGUUAUAUGUGUUAGUGUCGGGGAAAUAGUUUGCAGAUAAUGGAGGAGUAACCCUACAACUAUAUGUCCUUAGUUCUUACAGAACCUCAUAGUUUGAGAACAAAUGCUGAUGCAACUGAUUUAUACAAAAUGAACUUUGGCAAGGAAAAUAACAUUAACCUCAUUGUUUAUGGUCAUGCUUUGUGCAUAAUCAAAGUUUAUGAUUAAAUGUAAGGAAGUGGUAUCUAGUCAGUCCAUAAAGAUUGUGCUAAUUUUUUGUGAAAAAGUAGCCAUUAGUUCAGGGGACUCAGUGCCGCCUUCAGAUGCCAUUGAUGCUUCUCCUGUUGAAAAGCUGAUGUGUCUGGCUCAACCUUUGUGCUGACAUAAUACCAUUUCUGAUCAUGAAAAUUGGCUACUGGUGUAUGUAGCAGUUCUUAAAUCAGCAGUAUUAUGAAAGAAAAUUUGCCCCUCAUUAGAAUGUUGAAAUCUGUCUUUUAAAAAGUGAACAAACUGAAAUUCUGUCAAGAUGCAGAUGUUUAGCUGUUUAUGACCAUUCUGAGUUUGAAUAACUUUUAUAGUUAGUCUGACUCAUUUCUAGGGAAAAAAUUUUGAAAUCCUUCACUUUUAGCAGUGUUCUAAUUAGAUAAAUGAAGUGGAGAAGAGCAGUUUUAUUCUGAAGGUAAUUGAAUUUAGACUAUAGGAUGUGACAGAAUUUUAAAAAAAUAAUUUUUAUUUAGAAAUUGGGAUUUAUUUAAAAUAAUUUUGAAAUAAUGCCCCAAAACUUACCCAGGUUUAUGCAUUAUAUUUAUUGCUAUUGGCCACUUAUUUGAUUUUUUGUUGUUGUUGUUUGUUUCCUCUAAUAGUUUCAGACUUUAUUUUGAAUAUGCUCCUUUUCUCUUUUUUGGGGUGCUAUUCAUUAUGAAGGCUUCUUUAUAGAGGCCAAGUAAAAAAUGCAUUUUUAUGAAGCCUGUGCAUUUAGGUAGGUUUGAAGCUAGGAGGAUUUUCUUUAGAAUGCUCUUUUGCAUGUAAAGCACAAACUAUGUUUCAGUUUAAAUGCAUGUCUUCCCUUUAAUUUUUAUGGGGAAGACAGGUGAGUCACAAACAUUCUGUUGAAGGGAAAUCUAGUCAGUUGCUUGAAAGAGCACAGCCCAAAUAAAACAAGGACUGACUAGGUUGUAAAGAAAUGACCUUAUGAUUUAAAAGAAGAAUUGCUGCUUUGACAGUGCUUAAAGAAAAAUACUGCUGGAAAAUUUCUAAUUUCUACUACGUUCACCAUCUCUCAUGAGAUCUGACAUAUGUUGAAGUUUAUGUUUUGAUUUGGCACACAGCAUGUUCAAUGAUGGUUAUUCACUUAGUACAAGACAUGGAGAAGAAACCUUUGGACACAGAGCAGAUGACACCUCCUUCUGUUUUGUAGUGUAUCCUGGUGUCAUUUUCUGUGAAUGUGGUCAGGUAGAAUUGUUUUUGUUGUUGGGCUUUCUUUUUUUUU